AGCUGGAUCUGGGCAGAAAACUAGCUUCCAGAGCUUCAGACUGAGAUGAUUCCGGAGAAAGGCCUGCUGGGGGCUUGGGUGUGCUUAUUCUUCUGCCUCCCUGGAGCCAAUGCAGAACUGACCAGAUACAGAAGGAUUCGACCCUUGCCUGAAAAGGUCCUCAAGCCGUGCGCCUUUCCGUUCAUCUAUGAGGACGUGAGUUAUGACCGCUGCAUAAUGGUGCACAGCGACUACGCUUGGUGCUCGGUGGAGUCCAACUUCAACGGGCAGUGGCGCUACUGCAUCAGCACGGACCCCCCAGCAUGCAAGUUUCCAUUCGUCUUCGGGAGGAAGUUGUACCACGACUGCACCAGGGACGGGUAUGUGCUGGGCAGGACCUGGUGCGCCCUGACGCACAACUACAACUUGAACGGGCUGUGGAAGCCAUGCUCACCCAAUGAUUUGUGAAGAGGAGCCCCUUGUGCCACAGACUAAUCUCCGGAACAUCUCAGCCACUCCCCGAGGUCUCCCUCAAGGGACACAGGCUCCCAAUGUCCCCUAGCCUCGGGAAAUUUGGGCCCAGCGUUCUGUAAACAGUUGCCAAGUCAGAACUCUGCACGUGGGGUCCUCCCUCCGGCUCCUUCCUUGCCUGCGGGCACUAUGGCUCUUCUUUUGCUCUCCUUUAGCUCUCCUUUCCUUUCAUAUGUCCGCCUGCCCUCAGCGAUUCUCUGAUCGUCCCUGCAAAAUCACCAAAUCUAGGACAAAAAGAGACCUAAGAAACUACACUCUGCCCUGGGUGUUACAGCAGGGGAAACUAAGGCUGGAAAAAAUCCUCAUUGGCUGCAUAUUAAAUCUAUGUCCCUAAAAUUACUUCAUACCCAGAGGAGAUCCUUCUCAUUCCCAUCCCCAUCCCUAACUCCAUUUCCCUCCUCCCUGGACUUAUAUCUAUUGAGAUGCCCCACGAUGGGAUCCGGAAGGAGCAGAGAGGAGGGGAAAGUUGGGUCUGGGGAAAGGACCUCUAGGUAUCUGGUAUCUCAUUGAGGUCAACGAUCUGAUCAAUUGGAACUUUGAGUCCCGGGGCCUAGAGAUCUGUCUCAGUGCGUGCUGGUUUUACCCCAAGGUGUAGAAGGGAGGAGGGCGAGGGGACCUCCCCAUUUGCCUCUUGAGAGAAGGAUCUACCUCCAGUAGGGGAUCAAGCCCUUGAGAGAUUUGGUUUUGCAUCCUGUCUUAGCCCUAAUUCUAGGGGGGAAUUAUAUGCUCUAUUUUCUUUUCUUUUUUAAAGCAAGCAAUAUGAAACAGAGAUUCACAGUUUUAUAAUCAACCCUCUAUGAUCCACAGCAUGUGUGAUGAGACACAUUUUUAUUGUUCUAAAGUUCAGAAUAAAAAAAUCAAAAGAAACUAAA